UCUUGCCUCCUCCUCCAGGCCUGGCAUUAAGAGUUUACCUAGCCCUGUUUGCAAGACAAGUCCCUGGAAUGUACUGAUUUCUGGUUUCUAAGCAAGUACAGCCCUUUGUAUUAUGAAGCAUUAAGGAUUAGUUGCUUCACCAGCAUUCGCAGAGCCUGAAAGAGAAGCGGGGAGGAGACAGCCUGGCGUUUGAGUCAAAGGGGAAUCUUUUAUCUGGGCUCUCUUCCGGGCAGCUGGCAUGGAGUUCAGCGUGGUGACAGUGGCCCUUCUGGCCAUUUGCCUUUCCUGCCUGCUGCUGUUUCGGAAGGGGAAAGGACAGGGCACAGGGGGCCGCUUGCCCCCCGGACCGCGCCCGCUCCCCAUCGUGGGCAACCUGUUCCAGCUGGAUCCUAAGAACAUGGUCAAGUCCCUCUUGGCGCUGAGAGAAAGAUAUGGCUCUGUUUACACCAUCUAUCUGGGUCCCCAGCCUUUCGUGGCGCUGUGUGGCUACCAGGCUGUGAAGGAGGCCCUGGUGGACCAAGGCGAGGAAUUCAGCGGGCGCGGUGAUUUGCCAGUGGUAUUCCGUUUCACUCAAGGGGAUGGUAUCGCUUUUUCUAAUGGAGAAAAAUGGAAAGUGUUGCGACGUUUUGCUAUACAAAUAUUGCGUGAUUUUGGGAUGGGUCGGCGCAGCAUUGAGGAGAGGAUCCAAGAGGAGGCCCAGUGCGUGGUGGAAGAGCUUGCAAAAACCAAAGCGGAGCCCUUCGACCCCACUUUCCUCAUCAGCCGCGCAGUCUCCAACGUCAUCUGUUCCAUCGUCUUCGGGGAUCGGUUUGACUACGAGGACAAGAAAUUCCUCACUCUGGUUGGUCUGAUGAAUGACAACUUCCAGCGCCUCAGCUCCUGGUGGGCGCAGGUGUACAACCUCUUCCCACAUGUCAUAUCUUACCUGCCUGGACCCCACAACAGAAUUUUUGAGAAUUUUGAGAAGUUGCGCCUCUUUGUCUUGGAGAUGGUCAAGUUGCACCAAGAGACCCUGGACCCCAACUUCCCUCGCGAUUUCAUUGACUGUUUCCUUCUCAAAAUGCAGCAGGAGAAGGAGGACCCCCUCACAUACUUCCACACAAACACUCUUGUGAUGACCACCCACAACCUUUUCUUUGGGGGCACUGAGACAACCAGCACCACCCUUCGCUAUGGGAUCCUCAUCCUCUUGAAGUACCCUGAAAAGCAGGCCAAAGUCUAUGAAGAGAUCAAUCAAGCCGUUGGCCCGCAUCGUAGCCCCUCGAUUGAGGAUCGGGCACAGAUGCCUUACACCGAGGCCUUGAUCCACGAGAUCCAGCGGUUCAUUGAUAUCUUCCCUAUGGGGAUCCCCCAUGCUGUGACGAGUGAUACUCACUUCCGUGGCUACGUGCUCCCUAAGGGCACGAACAUCAUGCCAUUUUUUCACAGUGUCCAUAAUGAUGUCACUAAGUUCAAAGACCCUGGAAGGUUUGACCCCACCAACUUCCUGGAUGAGAACGGGGGCUUCUGCCGGCACGAAGCUUUCAUGCCCUUCUCGACUGGGAAGCGGGUGUGUCUUGGAGAGGCGCUGGCUCGCAUGGAGAUCUUCCUCUUCCUCACCACCCUCGUGCAGCGCUUCACCCUCCAGCCCGUGGUUCCACCAGAGGAAAUCGACACCUCACCACUGAUAAGCGGCUUAGGGAAUGUCCCUCGCCCAUACAAAUUCCGGGCCAUCCCCCGUUGAAAUGCAGCCGCGUUCUCUGUGCCACUUUCUUUCGAUGGCCUCUUUCUCAUGCUUUCUGCUGGGUGUUCCUCUUUCUACCAUCUUCUAAUGCAGAGACCAUUCAAGCCACAUGGAGGCUGGGAGAAGGCAGUGUUACUGAAGGUGGUGCCAGCAGGACCAGCCAACAGAAAGGGGUGCCACUCUCGCCAGUCAUAGCCUCUGUCUUCUGGGGUCCAGAGUCCAGCUUUCUCUAUUGCUUUCUCUAUUGCUAGGCACAAAGAAGGGAUUAUGCGGAGAAAGGCUGUGCCCUUGUCUUGGUACUUCCUGCUCUCUUGCAUGUGUGAAACGUAAUAUCCACCUCCUGCAGUGCUGCUGAAAGCAAACACACCUUUGCCAGGUAACCCGCAUUAGCUGCUCAUUCAAUCGGACCCAUUCCCCCCCAGCAGACAGGGCCUCCCAGAAGUCAGGUAAAUGCAGCCCCCCUCCCUCCCUCCCUGGAUGGUAAAACCGCACACUUCUCUUACCUGAGGCAGGUAGAGUUCCUCCUCUAUAUUUAAUAUGGUUAAAGGGAAUCCAGUUUUGAUAGUUUACCAAUUCUCUUGGGCUGCAAAAGGUGAUCACUUAAGGGGCUUUGAAAAGUUGUGCGUGCUAGGAGCAGGGUCAGAAAUUCUCUUCAAGUUUUCUAUGUGAAUCGGCUCCAAAAUGUAUACAAGAAAACUGCAAGGUAAACCAAUAAAUCAUAGAAAGCGCUUUUGCUUUGGUCUGAUCAUUUGUUCAUCUAGAUGAUGUUGAGCAGAUGUGAUGUUGGGAAACUCAAGGAAGAGAAUUCAAAGUAGAAAUGCUGGUAUAAAAGCAGGGGCAGGAGAGUGUGAGGGUAGCUGGGAAGGAAGGAGAUGGGAGGGGGCUCUGGGCCAGAGCACAUGCCCUGCCGGGCUGAAGGCCUUCGGUCCCGUGUAGCUUGGAGAAGCACUGCCAAUCAGAACGGCCGUUGCAGUGGGCUCUGCCUCCACACCUGCUGCCUCCAAAUGCUGUAGGGAAAUACCUGAGCAAAGGGGGUGGCUGCCUCAGGCUUGCGGUGGGCCACAGGUGAGAGAGAGCAGGUGCUUUGCAGGGGAUGAGGCGUCUCCUCCUUCUGCUCCCAGGCUUUUUACAAACUUUCUGCCCCUGCAUUCCAGGGAAGCCCAGAAAGCACCGACAUUUGGGGGCUUUUCCUAAGGCCUGUGCAACCACCCCUUUCCACGGGGCUUUUGGUUUGUCUGUCUGUCUGUCUGUUGCAGAAGGCAGGUUUUAAACUGCAAGCACACUUGCCUUCUCUGUCAGGUGAUCAGUUUGCUGGGGGGGUUUUGGGAAGCUUUGCCAUUUGUAUGUUUAUGUGGUGUAAAUUGUGCUGUUUGGCCCUUGCAUUUCGAAUCUGCCUCAAGACAGGCAGAACAGAAAUAUUUUUAACUAACUGAAUAAGUGAACAAAUCCACAAAUUAUGCACUGCCAUACCUUGGGGGCAGGAAACCACCUGUGCUGGCUUUGGGCACGUGACCCUCCCGCCUGGAGCCCUCGGCAGCCAUGGCCUGUCCUGCCUGAAGGAGCCGGAUGUAUGUAUGUAUUUAUGUAUUUACAUAAUGUAUAGUCCGCCUUUCUCACUGAGACUCAAGGUAGUUUACACAGUGAGAGUCAGUACAGUUGAUUUCAAAGACAUUUCAAUAAACAAUGUAAACAGGAUAUCUAAAUACAAAUCUGCAGAUUUAAAACCAUCAGAAAUCCAGUACACAGCUGGGAAAAUGCUGAAACGGAGCAUAAGCAAUUCUAAGACCGACAACGUAGGAACUAGCUAGUAGGAUCAUGCUUACAGCAGCAGACAGUACUUAGUAGCACACAUAGGGCCUGCCAGGUCCCUUUAGUCCCCUGGUGGGGGACUGGGAAGAACCCGGCCAGCACUCACCCUUUCUGGUGAUCGGCGUGCGCGCACUCCUGGCAUGCAUGAUGAUGUCACUUCUGGGAAGUGACAUCAUCAUGCAGGUCAAAGGGUGGCCUGGCGUGGGCUCCCACGCUUGCUGAAGGGCUGAAUCCCCCCCCUGGGCCUGUUUCGGCCCAAAAUGGGUCUGUUGCAGGGUGUAGGGGUGCACCAUGGUGGGAUGCGGGGGUGUGCCACACUGCCUGGGGGUGUGCUGCGUUGCCUGGGGGUGUACCGCACUGCCUGGGGGUGCACCGCACCACCUGGGAGCAUGCUGUGCCCCUCCCCCCGCUGGCCAGAUAAGUAGGGUUGGGGGGAGGAGGUGGGAACAGGGGAUCCCCCGCUCCGGAUUGGCAGCCCUAAGCACACAGGAAAGUCUGUGGCCCCUCUCUCUUUACUGCUACAUCUCGUUGAGAGCAUUUCCAUACAUCACAGCCCUCCUACUGGAGUAAAAAGCCCUUUUGAAUCAUUCGGUUUUGCUUUGUUUGUGGCAAGCCAGGCGAGUGGGGGCUUUCCGGAUCUCUUCAGGCCGGCUGUUCCAUAGGCCGGGAGCCGCCACAGGUGUUGGUCUUGCCCGUCUGCGAGGUGGCACCUGCAGAAGGCUUGUUCAGGUGACUUUGGUGUUGCCAUAAUUCCAAGUGCUGAUUGUGCCCCUCCCCCCUCCAGCUCUGCAGCAUUCUUGGCUGGAACCAGCCUUGCCCCAGAGAAGUAUGAGAUGAUGCAAGCUGAAGCGUGAUCUUUGUAAACACUUUCUCCUAAGGAGGUGGGCGGUGCCCCUUCUGGCCCAGGCUGUGGGUGCCAGCGGCUUCUUCUGCAGGAACAGUGGCAGCUGCCCGUCAGGGCGGUCCCAGGGUGUGGCUGGCUUAACAGCUUUGCACUCGUUAGACAGGAGCAAAUGCCUGCAGAGGCAGCAGGGCCCCAGGGGCAGGAAUUAGAGAUGGGCACGAUAUGAACUAAAAAAAGCCACGAACAGCCCAAUCUGCUGUUUGCGAACAAGCUGUGAGGCCCUGUUCUAAACGAACUCUAAACGAACAGGUGGUCCUUGCAAGCCUCGUUCGUUGCUGUUCGUCAAGGCAUCUGGCACCUGCAAUCAAUUCCCUUGGCAACCGGAGGCAGGGACUACCUGAACUCUGUCUGAACUCCUGCGGUUGCCCUUGAAACCCCAAUCUAAGCCCAAUUUAGCUUGAUAGGCAGGUCUUCCUUUCAAGUGUGGAGCUCCAAAUUUGUUACAAGGAAGCAAAGAGCAGGGGGGAGGGGGGCUCCCAGCUCUGGUUUUGCAGACAGUGGAGAGGGAGAGACAUUUGUUGUUGGCAUUUUGAGAGACAGGGAGAGUGCAUUGGAGCUUGAAUUUUCUUUGUGUGUGAUGGGAUAGGGAUCUACCUCUUCAAGUUCCAGGGCUGCUGCCAGGCUCUGGGCCAAGCUAUUAUUUAUUACUGGUACCUUUUCUGCUGCCUGCUCAGGUAGGGUUUCUGGGAGUGGUGUGGUAGGGAUCUUGAUGGCUGGAGGAGGGCCUGCUGGCCCCCACGAACAACGAACAACGAACAUGUUCAUGAACAGGUCAUGUUCGUCAAUGUUCGUUGUUCAUGGAUGGCAACGAACAACGAACACCAUGUUCGUUUUUUUCUGUUCGUGCCCAUGUCUAGGCAGGAUUAACCCCAGAUGCUUCAGGGGAGGCUGAUUCCCCAGGCCCUUCAUGGCUG